GUUUAAUGGAAUAAUGAUUUACUCAUCACACUGAGGCUGAACCUUCAGACUUAAUCACCUGUUUUAACAGCUCCUCGGGAAGAUUCAAGUGGAUGUCAUGUCCUGUGUGACUGCACACUCUUCACACUGGUUGACGCUCUGAUGGAACUCAUGUUGUUGACAAUGGGCAGAACACAAAAUAUAUCUGCGCUCUGAUUGGCUGAGAGGCACAUCCGGUCCCACGCAGGAGCCAAUCAAACGCCUCCCGCUGCUGUGUUUUGAAUCGGAGCAGUUUUUAACCGUCGGGCGCUGCCGCAGCUCACCGUGCCUGACUAACUGAACGUGUGUAUGUUGAGGUCUUCUCACAAAACGGAUUAAACUAUUAUAACAACAUGGAUCUGGACUCCAUGAAAUAUGCCGAGUUGAGGAGCAUCGCUAAGACUCUCGGUCUUAAAGCGAACAUGAAGGCCGAUAAACUCCUGAAAGCGAUCAAGCAGCAUUAUGAACAAGGAGAUAACAAGGAGAAGCAGGAGCAGGGACAAGAGAGCGAUGUUAUUGCUGUUCAAGAAGAAGAAACUGCGGCACAAGACAGUGUCCAGGAGAAUGAAGACGCAUCUUGCAAGGAAGAAGUUUCCUGCCCCACUGUGUUUGUGAACACACGUCGAGGCAAAGGAAACGGUACCAAGAGAAAGAUCUCUGAUACUGCAGCAGUGGAUGAGAGUGAUGCCACAGUACCGCCAAGUGCUGCAGAGGGUGGCACUGAAGUGGCUGUGUCUAAGAAGAGAAGGGUGUCCUCUGCCAAGGGUUCUGACAAAAGUGAAGCUGAGCCUCCUAAUGAGGAGCCCCAGGACACUGUCAGUGAGCAGCAGCAGCCUGACAUUAAGGAUGAAGCACCUGUACGUGGUGAUACAGAAAAAGCACCCAAAGCACCCCGAGGGGGUAAAAUCCCUCGUUACCAGGGGCGUCAGCAGAAGAACAAGCCACCGCUGAAGCCUAUCACUCCUAAUUUCAAAAAACUCCACGAAGCACAUUUUAACAAGAUGGAGUCGAUUGACUCCUAUGUCCAGCGAAAGACCAAGCAGAUGGAGAGCUUCAGAAGUUCAGUUAAAGAGCUGAAGAAGCUGUCAGACAAAACUAAACUACAGCAAGUUAAUGGCAAAGCUCAGGUGAAGGCCAAUCAGAGUCGUGCCUCCAUGUUCAGCCCUGUCCCGCUGAAUAAGAAACCAGCUGAGGAGAAACGCAGAAAAACGUUGCUCUCAGCCAGUAAAGCUCCUCCAAACAAACCUGCCGGCAAGGAAGAAGCUCCGUUCAGACCUUCUGUCAUUUCCUCUCGCAGGAUCAAUGUUCGGUUCUCUGAAGCCACACGUGACAAUGAGCACAAGAAGUCGCUGGUGAAGACGCCGGCAUGCAAGUCACUCUGCGUGGCCUCAAGCACCCCACAGAAGGAGACCACAGAUGGAGGAAAGCCCAACGGUGUCAAGACUUCCACUUUCUCUGCCACAAAAACAGGACCAUUCAUUUUCACCGGCAACACGAGUAUGACAACAACCCCCGGAACACAAAAGAAGCCAGCUUUUGAUCUGAAGGCCAGUCUGUCUCGUCCACUGAGCUACAAACCUCACACAGGUAAACUGAAGCCGUUUGCCGAGACCAAAGAAAACACGGCAGGAAACAAGUCGCUGAUCGUAAACUCCCAUCAGAAAAACUACAAACAGCACCAAGUCCAGACGAGGGAAAACAGGAGAGCAAAACAUACCGAAGACCGGAAGCAGAAGAAAGAGAAUAUGCUCGGGGCAAGAAGAGGCCUUGUUAUGAUGUAAAAAUAUCGCGCUUGUUUACAGACCUUUUGUACAGCCUGCUUUUCCAGUGUA